UAUAUAAAUAAUCCACAAUUUUGUUAAAUUCCAGCAAGUUUUGCUAUUUCUGCAAACUUCCACUCUUUGCUUCCAUGCUUUCCUCUUGAACAUCUUUAGUGGAACUACAUAUCUCUGGGAAGGUUGAUCAGCUCCAAUCAGAAUGGGCAACUGUGUUGCUUCUUCAGGAUUCAAUAGUCAAAUCAAAACGAAAAGCUGUGGUUCAGAUCAGAAAAUACUCAGAAUCAUCAAGGUGGAUGGUAAGGUCAUGGAGUACAGUACUUCAAUUCUUGUUAAAGAUGUUCUGUUGAGCUUCCAUGGUUUCGGGGUCGGCCUCUCGAAGAACGCUGGUCAGCUUCUGUCACCUGAUUAUGAGCUUAAAGCUGGAAGAACUUACCACCUUCUUCCACUUACCCUUCCUCGUUCACAGGGCUUGAAGCCCUCACUAAUGCAAAAAGAUGAAAUAGAGGACAAUGGAGGAAGCAGGAGGGUUAAGGUAGUUCUUACCAAGUUGCAGCUUCAACAGCUGCUGUCAAUGAACAUUUCCUUGGCGGAAAUAAUAUCUGCAGCCAGUGGGUGUGAAGAAUUCAGCAAAAGGAAUCGUAGAAGCUGGAAGCCAGAAUUAGAGACUAUUGUUGAAGGAAAUGAGUAGUUUAGGAAGCAUAGAAAGUACUAUAAGUUCUUCAUUGUAAUAUAUAUAUAUAUAAAUGAACUGUGACUACAGGUUCCUCUCACAAAAGGAAACAAAAUAGGAAAGAGAGAGAAAAAGAAUGUAGCCAGCUAGGUUUUGACUUAGAAAAAGUUUUAAGAUCAUUGAUGUUGCUAGAAAGGAGCUACAUUAAUGGAGCUACAUUAAUGGAGUUUUAUGUUUUCACUUCACUCUAAAUGAAUACAGCAGGACUGAUUCUAAAUACAA